GCUUUUCGUCAAGAUGGCGCCUAAAGCGAAGAAGGAAGCUCCUGCCCCUCCCAAAGCCGAAGCUAAAGCGAAGGCCUUGAAAGCCAAGAAGGCAGUGCUGAAAGGCGUCCACAGCCACAAAAAGAAGAAAAUCCGCACAUCGCCCACUUUUCGACGGCCCAAGACUCUGCGGCUACGAAGGCAGCCUAAAUACCCCCGAAAGAGCGCGCCCAGGAGGAACAAGCUUGACCACUAUGCCAUCAUCAAAUUCCCCCUGACCACCGAGUCAGCCAUGAAGAAGAUAGAAGACAACAACACACUGGUGUUCAUUGUGGAUGUCAAGGCCAACAAGCAUCAGAUCAAACAGGCUGUGAAGAAACUCUACGACAUUGAUGUGGCCAAAGUCAACACCCUCAUAAGGCCCGAUGGAGAGAAGAAGGCAUAUGUUCGGUUGGCUCCUGAUUAUGAUGCUCUGGAUGUUGCCAACAAAAUUGGAAUCAUCUAAACUGAGCCCAGCCGGCUAAUUCUAAAUAUACACUUUUUCACCAUAAAAAAAAAAAAA